AUGGCUGUCAUCGAAAGAGCCGUGAAAAGGUGGCCAGGUGGCCAGGGUGGUUCAAAGGAGCAAGAAAACGUAGAGUCUAGCUCUGAGUCCGGCUCUGAAUCUGAGUCAGAGUCUGAGUCAGAACCCGAUGAAACCAUGUCCGAUUCCGAAAUGUAUGACGAAAUGCAAAAGAUGGCCUCUGAAGAUGAUAGUCUCGGAGAGCAAAUAAAAAAGAUGUCAGCGUUGUCAAAAUCACUCGCAGCGCAGCCUUUGGAAGAAAUUCAGGCCGAAGAAUUAGAGUUCCGGGACAAAUGCGUGGAAAUAGUCCUAGAAUUAGCAGCAAUUUCAAAGAUGUCGCCGCUGCAGAAUGGAUCCGUUGGAACUCGCGGAUCGAAAAAGCACAUCCCGAUCGAUUUGAACGUCCCUUUGAAUGGCAAGGACAAGCUCUCGGAAAGGUUGAAAACGAUCAAGGAUUUGGGCUGGAGCGGUGCGGCAGUGUCAGUUUAUGUUCCAAGCGGCAAGGAGAUUCCGAAGCCGCCCGUGAUAAAGGAGGAUUUUGGAUUGAGGCUUUUUACGAGGGUUACUGUAGAAGUGGUGACAAACACAGACAAGUACAAUGUGCGCAGCGGGAAGAGCUCGACGAAUUUGACCGAUUACGACAUAAUCUGCGUGAUUCCCGGCUCGGAGAAGAUCUUCCAAGACUGCUGCAAAGACGUCGACUGCGAUUUGAUCAGUUUCGAUUUGGCGGAGAAGCUGUCUUUUGAUGUGCGACGAGGAGCGGUCAGCUCGGCGCUGCAGAGAAAUGUUCAAUUUGAGUUUAAUUACAGUUCAUGGCUGAUGGACUCGCAAAAGCGCAAACACGGCAUCCAGUUGGCGUUCCGCCUCGGCGAGAUGUCUCGCCACGCCGGAAUCGUCCUCAGCUCCGAGUGCUACAAUACCAGCGACAUUCGCGCGCCGGGCGAUGCGUCGUAUCUUCUAGCGCUCGCGCGAUUUCCCGAAAACUGCCUCCCCUCCCUCGUCCAACGCAAUCCGACCAACUGCGCGGUCAACGCUUUCAAGAGAAAAACGCGCAAGUGUGCUGUUGUUUUGAAGAGGAAAAAUGAUGAUGAAGAAAACUGUCUGUCUGAUUGUAAAAAACAAAAAGCCUUGUCCUAG